GGCGUGCCGCGGCCGGAGGAGGCGGGCAGGGAGCCGGCUGCUCCCCCCCUUGCUUCUCCUCCCGCCGGCCGGCGAGCAGCGAGGAGAGGGACGCGGGGUGGCCCGGGCUCCUGGAGCAGAGCUUGUAGAAUAUAGUGUCUCCUAUUAUUAAAAAAAAUGUGAAUUCUGGGCAAAGAAUAGCCUAGCUGUAGUUACACUGAUUUUUGGAAAAUGGAAACAGUUACUUCUCACUUGCACUGAACAUAUUCAUGGGAGCACUUCUGGGUGAGAGCAUAUCGGUGUAACAAUAAAAAAUGGCAUUUCAGAAGGCAGUGAAAGGAACUGCUCUCAUUGGAGGAGGUGCCAUAGCAACAGUUUUUGGCCUCUCUCAAUUUUCUCAGUAUAGAAACAAACACAGUACCUUUGUGCAUGUUCAAGCUGCAGAAGCUGUGACUGUUCCAAUAAAGAACCAUCUCCCCACAAGAGAACAACAAAUUUUGGCACUGCAAACCACAGGUGAAUUUGAUGUCCUUGUUAUAGGUGGAGGAGCAACAGGAUGUGGCUGUGCUUUAGAUGCAGUCACUAGAGGACUAAAAACAGCCCUUCUAGAAAGAGAUGAUUUCUCAUCAGGGACCAGCAGCAGGAGUACUAAAUUGAUCCAUGGUGGAGUGAGAUAUCUUCAGAAGGCCAUCAUGAAGUUGGAUUUUGAGCAGUACAAGAUGGUGAAAGAAGCACUUGAGGAGCGUGCAAAUCUCCUUGAAAUCGCUCCUCACCUAUCAGCUCCUUUGCCAAUAAUGCUACCUGUUUACAAAUGGUGGCAGUUGCCAUACUACUGGUUUGGAAUAAAACUGUAUGACCUCGUGGCAGGAAGUCAGUGUCUGAAAAGUAGUUAUGUCCUUAGCAAGUCAAGAGCCUUGGAGCACUUUCCAAUGCUACGCAAAGACGAGCUUGUUGGAGCUAUUGUCUACUAUGAUGGACAGCACAACGACGCACGGAUGAACCUCGCCAUCGCCCUCACUGCUGCCAGGUACGGCGCUGCCACCGCCAAUUACGCUGAAGUGCUGCGUUUGCUCAAGACGACAGACCCGGCCAGCGGGAAGGAGCGCGUGUGCGGGGUGCGCUGCAGGGACGUCUUAACAGGGCAGGAAUUUGAUGUCAAAGCCAAAUGUGUUAUCAAUGCUACGGGACCUUUCACAGACUCUGUGCGCAAAAUGGAUGAUCAGGAAGUACCAAACAUCUGUCAGCCAAGUGCAGGCGUGCAUAUUGUGAUGCCUGGUUAUUACAGCCCUGACAAUAUGGGUUUGCUUGACCCAGCCACCAGCGAUGGUAGAGUGAUUUUCUUCCUGCCAUGGGAGAAGAUGACUAUUGCAGGGACCACAGACAGCCCGACUGAUGUUACUUCCCAUCCAAUACCAACAGAAGAAGAUAUAAACUUCAUUUUGAAUGAAGUGCGCAACUACCUUAGUGUUGAUGUUGAAGUGAGAAGAGGAGACGUGUUGGCAGCGUGGAGUGGUAUUCGUCCUCUGGUCAUAGACCCCAACUCCAAAGACACACAGUCGAUAUCCCGGAAUCAUGUCGUUACCAUUAGCGAUAGUGGCCUUGUCACGAUAGCAGGUGGGAAGUGGACAACCUACCGUGCCAUGGCACAGGACACCAUUGAUGCAGCUAUUCAAGCGCAUGAUCUGAAGGCAGGUUCCAGUAAGACCAUUGGACUGCAGCUACAAGGGGCUGAGGACUGGAGUCCCACUCUCUACAUUAGGUUGGUCCAAGACUAUGGACUUGAAAGUGAGGUGGCUCAGCAUCUAGCUUCAACAUAUGGGGACAAGGCUUUUGAGGUGGCCAAAAUAGCCCAAGUUACAGGAAAGAGAUGGCCUAUUGUUGGAAAACGUCUUGUGUCAGAAUUUCCUUAUAUUGAAGCUGAGGUUGUCUAUGGUGUUAAAGAGUAUGCCCGCACGGCAGUGGAUAUGAUUUCCCGACGUACUCGCUUGGCCUUUCUGAAUGUGCAGGCUGCAGAGGAAGCCCUGCCAAGAAUCAUAGAUAUAAUGGGGAAAGAACUUAACUGGAAUGAGCAGAAAAAAAAGGAAGAACUUGAAGCUGCUAAAAAGUUUCUCUAUUAUGAAAUGGGCUACAAAGUAAAAUCAGAUCAAUUAACAGACAGCUCUGAAAUCAGUCUAGGGCCUUCAGAUAUUGAAAGGUACAAGAAGCGAUUCCACAUGUUUGACAAGGACAAGAAAGGGUUUAUUACUAUACUGGAUGUGCAGCGUGUCUUGGAGAGCAUCAGUGUGCAAAUUGCUGAAAACACACUUCAUGAUAUUCUAAAUGAAGUGGAUCUGAACAAAAAUGGACAGGUUGAGCUCAAUGAAUUUUUGCAGCUCAUGAGUGCUAUUCAGAAGGGCCAUGUGUCUGGAAGCCGGCUGGCUGUGCUCAUGAAGACUGCAGAGGAGAAUCUGCAUCAGAGGGUGGUGAUUCCGGUGGACCGGAGCGGUGGUGGACUGUGAGUUCAAACACAACAUCUGCUCACAGCCACGGCUAACAGAGACGUGUAGCUGCGUCUCUCUGCUGAAAAACAUUCCAGUGCUUCUGAUUGUCCUUGCUUGUUCAAGAUGACCAGUAUCUGUCCAUUGGUGUAGCUCUUAAAAAAAUACAUUGGUGCAUUUUUUUUCAUUAUUAAUGGUUUUCUGUACAGCUCUUAAUACUCCAGUAUGUGGCCUUUUGGAUUGGGUAUUCUUUAGUCACAGGGGCUUAUUAACAAAGAGUUCAGGAAUACAGUCUAGAAAGAUUUGGGUGCACACACAAGCACGUGUGCACAUACUGCCUUGUUCAUUAACUUUUAUAUCACCUUUACCUCUUAAAGAAAAUGAUGCUUAGAAAGUGAAUCCUGCCUUUAAAUGCAUUGCAUUGAGUUUUACAAAUACGCGUUUAGUAUUUAAAAGCUGCUGAUCUGUCUUCUUCAACAAAGAGCAAGAGAGGGAAAGCUGAUGUUCUGGAUUGGAGAUAGUAUCGUGAAAGGAACAAAACUGAUGCUUCCUGAGGUAGUGAUUACUGUGAAGAACUGUCAUGAGCCUUCUGUAGGUGGUUGGUUUUGCUCUUUCGAGUGCUCUGUUAUUUCAGUGGUACCAAUACUUGGCCAGACAAAAAUAUCAGCAGUAUGAAGCUAGAAAACUACAAGACAUCUUGAUUAAUCACCCAAGCUAAUAAUUUAGUUAAAAGCUAGGGGACAGCUUUCCUUUCUCCCAUAUUAAUAAAAAUAAGCUUCCUUUAAUAAACAGCGUUGUCUAGCAGGUGGUGUUUUAUGCUGUAAAGUGCUUCAUACUGUUUUCAGUAUGUCCGGUUUUGGACAAACACUGAUGAUAUAUAGAAUAUGGCAGUUUUUGAUAGCAUAACAGUCUUAAUUGUUUAUUUAAAAAUGCUCAAACACAAAGUGAAAAAAUGAAAUUUGUUAUGCAUUCCACUAACUUUUCUAUAAAAGUGAAAGGGCUAUUUUUCAGCAGAUUAAUGAAAAAAACCAAACAAUUAGGACCACUCACUUGAGCUGUUUUCAACAAUGUUGUAUCUGGCUAUUUGCCUUUCUAUUGUUAGAUUGACUAGGUUCAAGAUCAGAUGGAAGAUUUCUGCCUAAUGUAGAAUAAGGAAGGGAAAAAUGUAAGAAUGGUUCAUUGAUGAAUUUCUCAUUCUGUUAUAUUCUUUGAAUAUAAAUACCAAUUUACAACUCAAAACAAACUUCAGUUUCAAGGUGUCAGAAUUUCUAAUUGUGUAAAAUCUGAUAUAUUUUAACUGAUGUCACCACUUUAAUGGAAAAUAACAGUACAGGAAUGAACAGCAAAGUUUACUUUGAUAUUUUAAAAGGGAAAAUGAUUACAUACACAAGGUGGAGAUGCUGAGGAGUGUUAGUAUGUAGCAUAGUAAGUACAGAUGUUGUGUUUGGCUGGAGAGGCAGAGUCCUUUUAAAAAAAAAUUAAAAAUUCAGGUGUUUAAUAGUAGUAGGUACAAAAAAAAA